AUGACGAGUGGUAUGCGGAUCGAUCAUUGCUAUCGGCCGAUGUUUUUGCGACCCAAAGAGAUCAAUGAAAGAAUAUCCAUGAUCAAUGCUGUGGCCAACGACUUCGUUGAGCGAUUACACCAUCUUAGAGAUCAAAAUGGAACAAUACACAACAUUGAAAGGGAACUUUCUUAUUGGGGCGUGGAGUCAAACUCUUCAUUCCUGUUUAAUCGACGCCUUGGCUUCUAUGAGAAAACACCAGAUGCAGAUGUUCUCGUGUUUUUCGAGGCAGCCUACAAAAUGCACGAUAACGUUGGAGUUCUCAUUGAUAUGGGUCCAUUUCACAAAGAGUCGAAGAGUGGGGAAGACCCGAUUGAAAAAACGACGUCGGUCGCUGAUCAUGUAUUUGCGAAACGGAAAUUGACAGAAGAAAGUCUCACUAUGCUUUGUGGUUUAAUGGCGGCUGGAGUUGAUACCAUCAGUACGACAUCGUUGUGGCUCCUAUACUUACUCUCUCGAAAUCCAGACAAACAAGAGAAACUUUAUCAAGAACUAAAACCCUUUGAUUCUCACGAAGAUAUAUCCGUUAAUAAGACCGUCUCGUACCUCAAAGCAGCCUUGAAAGAGUCGCUACGCCUGCACCCAGUCGCUUCCAUUUUCAGCCGCGUAUUCACCCAAGAUAUCGAGCUUCAUGGUUAUCACAUACCAGCAGGAGUAAAUAUCCUGUUUCAAAAUCAUUUAGGGUCGAUUGAUGAGCGCAAUUUUGGCGAAGAUGCAAAACAGUUUGUGCCAGAAAGAUGGCUUCGUGAUCUUGAUACUGAAAAUUUGAAGAGUUUUGAUCCCCUCGGUUCAUUGCCAUUCGGUCACGGUGUGAGAAUGUGUUUAGGACGGCGAGUAGCAGAGGCAUAUAUCUACACGUUAUUGAGCAAGAUAUUCAUAAAAUACCGAGUAGAGUUGUCUAGUAAACAGAGUGAUGUAAAUCCGAUCUUGAAUGGAGGACUUAUGAGGCCAGAUCGGGAAAUUUCAUUCAAAUUUCUAUUGAGAUAG